GUUUUACCAGAAUUCAAUUUUCUAAUAGCUCAGUUUUUCUGAGUCACCAAAAUGCCAGAAGCCAAAGUAGAGCGGCCUCCGUUUUUCAAAAGCGUGAGAAAUUACUUUAGAGAGUAUUGCAAUUGUACCAGCAUUCAUGGAUUCAGAUAUUUUGGAGAGAAAAGAACGUAUUUUGAGAGAGGAUGGUGGUUCAUAGUGUUUACCGUGACACUAGUUGCUUGUAUAAUCUCCAUUAGAGAAGUGUAUAAGAAAUGGUUAAGGGCUCCCGUAAUCGUAAGUUUUGCCACAAAAGAAACUCCCAUUUACUCCAUACCGUUUCCCGCAGUGACCAUUUGUCCAGAAACAAAAUCAACGCAAUCACUAUAUAGUCAUAUGGGAAUCGUUAGGAAGUUUCUUAACAAACAAAACCUUACGGAAAGAGAACGUACAGUUGUUGAUUAUAUGGGCCUAGUUUGUGAAGAAAACAGGCAUAUCAAAUAUUCGGACACAGAAGUUUUUACUGAUGAUUUUUAUAAAGUACUCGAAGAAAUUAGUCAUGGCACGGAUCCAUUUUAUCGUUGCGAAUAUAUGGGAACACCUUAUGAUUGCCAUAAGAUAUUUAAACCUGUAGUUACCGAUGAAGGAUUAUGCUAUACAUUUAACAUGCUUGACCGAAGCGAAAUAUUUCAGAAUAAUAUAUAUCACUAUGGGGACUAUUUUAAGGUUGAUAGAUUAACCAGGAAUAAUUGGACUAUGGCUAAAGGUUACACCGAAUCUGCAGGACUUUAUCCAUAUCCCAGGAGAGCUCUUCAUUCGGGUGCAAAAAAUGCUCUUUCAGUGUCCUUAAUAAUGGCAAAGAAAAAUCUCGAUCAUAGCUGUAAACAGUCACUUCAAGGAUUUAGGGUCUCUCUACACAUUCCGUCAAGAAUCCCACGACCCAGUCAGGAAUAUUUUAGGGUACCUUUAAACGAAGUUGUCCUUGCUGCUAUUCGUCCAGAGAUGAUAACCACAGACAGUUCAGUGCAACUAUACAAUCCAUAUAAGAGGGAAUGCUUCUUUCCAACUGAAAAGAAACUGAAGUAUUUUAAAUUAUAUACAGGCAGAAACUGUGCACUGGAGUGUCUAACUAACUACACAUUAUACCACUGUGGAUGCGUAAACUAUUUUAUGCCAAGAGAAAAUACAACAAACAUUUGUGGAAUCGAAAGCUUAAAUUGUAUGAGAAACGCGGAAUUGAGAUACGAACUGGGAGAACUUAGAUCAAAAAUGAGUAAAACCAGUACAAACUCCAACAGUACAAGACGUCAGCGAUACAGAAAAACGAUUAAAUUAAAUUGUGAUUGCAUGCCGAUGUGUUCUGAUCUAACCUAUAACGUAGAAACCUCUCAGAGCUAUUGGGAAUGGGCGGAAACCUUAAAAGCUGAGACCAAAAAUGGAACUAUAUUAUAUGGUGUCGAUAACCACUACGUAUCCAAACUCAUUCUAUUCUUCAAAUCCUCGCAGUUUAUUACAUCAGAGAGGCACGAAUUGUACGGCCCCACGGACUUUUUGGCGAAUUUCGGCGGAUUACUAGGACUCUUUACGGGAUUUUCGAUUCUCUCCCUCAUGGAAGCCAUUUAUUUUUUGACAGUCCGGCUAUGCUGCAAUUCCAGACUUUAUGGUUAUUGGGCAGGACCCGAAAAGUAAAACAUUUCAAUUUAUAUUGAAAUUUUGUGUUUACCCAUUUAAAAUCUCUACUUUAUUUCAUAAUAAAAAUUUUAUCGUAAAAUAACAUAUAUGGAUUGUGUGGUUAAAUUCUAUGGAUACUGAUCUUUUGACC